UACGUCCCGCUCUUUUUCUCUCUAGAAGGCUGAAUUACCACUCAUCUGAAACAUUUUUUUUUUCAUUUUCUCUCUCCUGCCGCAAUUCUUGGCUGUGUUUUUUAUUAGUUGGAGAAAUGCAAGAGCAAGCCACGAGUUCUAUCGCCGCCAGCUCUCUGCCUUCUAGCAGUGAUAGAUCUUCUAGCUCUGCCCUUAACGCUGAAGUUAAACAAGGAAUGGAGAGUGAUGAUGAGAUCAGAAGAGUGCCGGAGAUGGGUGCGGAGGCAGGCGGCACGACAACCUCAGGCCGGGAUGGAGGUUUGUUAGCGGGGCCCGCUCAGCCGUCAGCUGCCGGCUCGAAGAGGAGAGGAAGGAGCCCUGCUGACAAAGAAAACAAGAGGUUAAAAAGGCUGUUGAGGAAUAGAGUCUCAGCUCAGCAAGCGAGGGAGAGGAAGAAGGCGUAUUUGAUCGAUUUGGAGGCUCGAGUUAAGGAGUUAGAAACUAAGAAUGCUGAGCUUGAAGAGAGGCUCUCCACUUUGCAAAAUGAGAACCAAAUGCUUAGACAGAUACUGAAGAACACGACUGCAGGAGCGCAAGAGGGAAGAAAGUAGGAAUGUGAUGUUCAGAUGUUGGAUGUGAAGAAUACAAAAUUUCCCUUCAAGGCAAUGCUGCAUUGGAUCUUAACUCACUCUUGUCAUGUUGAGAAGGGGUUGAUUCUGUCGAGCUAGCUUCUUCUCCGGUCGAUGAUGGUGUGCAGUUAGAUUAUUGCUAGAGCUGGAGUUGUUGUAUAUAAGCUGCUGCUAGAGCUAGAGUUGUUGUAUGUAAGUUGCUGCUAGAGAGAGGAUGUUGCUAAGGAUCAUGGAAUGAAAUAUAGUGUGCCAAAUUCAAGAAAUUAGAGCUCUUGAUGUAUGACAUGCUUGCUCGUUCGGGUUUGUAGAUGUGAAAAAUGAUGCAGACAUGUCUAAUAAAUUAGUAUCUUAUACAUGUGAUUUGCACAUGUGUUUGUUUAUGUGGUAAA